GAAAAUUUUAAUAAAAGAAGGAGAGAAACCAUGAGAGAGAAACCCACCAACACCAUUAGAAAUCCUAACCACCCUAACCCCUUUCCUGAGCAUUUUCCAGUGAGAGAGCGACCAAACCACACCAACUACCACAGCCUUCAGAGAAGUAAUGCACGGGGACUUGAAAGGACAGUAGGACAGGACCGUGAGGGGAACCGAAAACCAACAUAUGGAUAUGGUAAAGGGGUUCUGGAGCAAGCAACCUCCUUUUUCAUCACAAAAUUUCCAGAAGAUGUGGAGAUGGGAGAUAUGUGGCAAGCAUUUGUGAAAUGCGGAAGGGCAAUUCAGAUUUUCAUUGCACAAAAGAGAGAUAGGUGGGGACGUCGGUUCGGCUUUGCCAGAUUCCUUGAUGUGGCAAACCCGAACUCCCUGGAGGCCAAGCUUAAUCAAAUCAAAUUUGGUGAUCAACCCCUCCAUGCAAAUCUGGCCAGGUUUGCUAAAGGCGACCAUAAAAUGGAGCGGCAAAGUAGAAGAAGGGUGCAACUGAAAGAAAGAGGCAUCUUGUCCUACGUAGAGACCUUGAAAGGAGGGAAAAGUGAGACCCAUGGUCAGGCUCAAAGGAAGGAGUGGCAGAGGAAAAGGCAAGGAACUUCAGACAAGUCUGAGAUGGAGAGCUGGCACGGGCUUGAGGUGAAGGUUGAGGAAGAAGAUAUGGAAUGGUUGAGAAACAGUUUUGUGGGGUUUUCCAAGAGUCCAAAAAUCAUCUGCAAUCUUCAAGAAAAAUUCCUAAUGGAAGGUUACUUCUCAGCAAAAGUAACACCAAUGGGUAGUAAUAUGGUAUUGAUCACUUGUGAAGACAGUGAUGAACUAAAGAAUCUAGUAGAAACUAGGAGAGACUGGCUUGCACAGUGGUUCACAGAUAUCAAACCUUGGAAUCCCGAGUUGGUUGCAGCAGAAAGAUUUACUUGGUUGAGAUGCCAAGGGGUACCACUACAUAUAUGGAAGAGCAGCUUCUUUGAGAUAGUGGCAAAUCUCUUUGGAAAAUUUAUCUCCCUUGAUAAUAGUACUAUUAAAAAAUCACGAUUGGAUGUGGCCAAAAUCUUAGUCAUGACACCUUCCCAGGCUAAUAUUCAAAGGGUGAUAAAGGUUAAAGCUAGGGAGUCCACAUUUCAUAUUAGAAUCUCAGAGGAGUUAGGGAUUGAUAAUUUAUUUUCUCUCCACUCUAACUUUGUACUGUGCAGAAAUGAAGAUUCUGAGGAUGAAGAAUGGUCAGAUGAAUCAACUUGGGGUCAAACUGAAAACGAACAUAAUUGGGAUGGUUGGCAAAUUAUGCAGGAUGAUGAAGAUAGGGAGAUCAUGGAGGAUGUCAAUUCAGGAAGGAAGAGAUAGGGGGUGUUGCCAGAGUUGGAGCCGGAGGUAGAAAAAGUUUUUGAAACCACGCUGUCAAAAAAAAGUUUUUGAAACCAUGCUGUCAAAAAAAGUUGCAUUUAAUG